AUCAACAGCUGAGGCAGAUCAUAUGAUUUCUCAGUUCCUCAUCUCCGAGCACGGAGCAUGCGGUAAGGUUGCUCUCUCGAAAACAUCUGUUCAAAUCGACGUUUUGUAUUUCAGCUGAGAAAUGUCACACAAUGCAUACGACAACAACAACACAGCACCCUCAACGCCUGCUGCGGCGCCAUGGCAAAUGAAAUUCGACUAGAAACAAUAACAAAUGUAAACACAGAACUAGAAACCAAAAUAUUAAGUGAAAUACAAGAAAUGAGUAGAAGGAGCAUAUCAACAAACUUUCCUAUACACACUAAAAAAGACUUCUCUCUGCCAGUUCAGUGUCCAAGUGUAGACGAUCGUAUGUGGAACUACCAGUGAAAGUGAAUUGAGCACACAGUAAUUGUACGCUGGCAUAAAGCCUAUUCUAUUCAUUACUUAAAGACACUUCAAAUAGAACAAUUAUGAAAUCAGCUGCCAGCUUUGUGCUACUUUUGCUUUGCUUGUGCAUCUGGCUUAUCGGCGGGCCGAGACAAACGGACGCAGAACCACUUUUUGGUGGCCCCGGUGCUGCCUGGCCAAUUCUGCGCCUGGAAGAGGAGAUACCGCAGGACUCGCUCAUACCUCAUAGGCGUGUUAAACGUGUAAAGCGAGGUGCCUUCGAUCGCACAAUCGAUCCGGGAUAUGAAUAUCAAGACGCCACCGAACGCGGUAAAGAGCGCUUCCCUGUUUGGGACGAUGCGAAGGGAGAGCCGCUAGUGAAUUAAGAAAUGUGCUUAGUAGUUGUAGGAAUAGAUUUGUGUGAUUAAGAUGGUGUAAGAGUCAAAUGUAUGUAUAUGUAUACGAUAUAACAAAAUAUAACUAUAUGAUAUAUAGGUCGAAG